AUGAGAAAACGCCUCGCUGGACUCCAGAACGUGCUGACUGAGUAAAUCCAAAAGCUGACUUGGCCUUCUCUACCAUGAUAAAACAAGACAGACAGGGCCAGGAAUAAAGCCCAGUGGUGGAAUGCUUCCUAGCCUGAAGAUGGGUUUUCAUCCCUACCUGGGAGGAUGGAGAGAAGAAAGGAGGAAGGGAGGGAGAAAGAAUGCAAGAGGAGUUUAACUAAAGAAAGACCUGACCUGCUACCUACUACCCUCUAACCCACCUAUCUUUCAGAUUCUCUAAGGGUGGAGAUAACUCCAAAUCCACACACAGUGGCCCAUUCAUAGGUCUUAAAGAAAAAUCUGUUGACUUAGACAGUGAGAUUGGACUGCAUUAGGGCCAGCCUGAGCCAGUUUAGCCUCUAGGACUUGUUAGACAUGCUCCCAUGGCAACACAAGUCACUAUGCAGUUUCUGCAUUCCUGACAGACCUUCAACAUCCAGUCCCCAUAACCCACCCUCUCUCUUCCUUCUGGCCUCUCCCGGUUUCCCAGGUGAUAUCCAGGGAACACCUAAGAGUUGCUAGUGACGGAUAAGCAGUUUGAGGAACCCAGAAACCGUAGGGAAAGCCCCAAAAAGAGAAGGGAAGGGACUCAACCCCCAGGCCAGUGUUCCUCAGUCGGAAGCCUCCAACUGCCCCCCACACCCAGUUUCCUAGUCAUGCUCCCAGAGCUGUGGACACAUGGCCCCAGUGUCCUCCACAUCUAGUCAUUCCGUAUUCCCCCUGGCCUGACCCUGUGCCUCUUGACUGACAGCGCCUCAGGAAACCUCUCUACCUCUGGAGUUCUACCCUCUCACCGGCCUCCUUGUACCCCACCCCAUACCUCUAGCUUGGCUCUGCCCACAACCUCCUCCAGGAAGCCUCCAGCAUGGACUCCCUCUAGUCCUCCAGCCCUGAGCAUCCAUGUCUCAUUUCCACAGGACAUUAAAGGCCUGGACAUGGGUCCAGACACCCCAUGGCCUAGGGUUCCCUUAAGGUGGUAAUCUGUACAGAAAAUGAGAAAUAAGCAAAACAUGCACUCUGGAGCUGAGGAAUCUGAGCACGGUGGUUAAAUCUAGGAGCUAGCGAAAGCCAGAUCUGGGCCCUGUUCAAAAACUCCCACCACACACUUCCAAAGAACACUAGGAUUUGUGGUUAAAAUACUCUUGUUUUAGGGAUUGUGACUCAAAUCAAACAAAAUUCAAGGCAGGAAGAUGACUCAGAGGAUAAAGUAUGGCUACCAAGCCUGACGACCCGAGUUUGGUCCCUCGUCCUCAGACCUUCACAAGGACACCAUGAUGUUGGUGUUUCUACACACGUUAAUUAAAAUAUAGUGCCAGGAGUGGUAGUACAUGCCUUUAGUCCCAGCAACAGGGAGGCACAGGCCAGCCUGGUCUAUAGAGAGUGCAGGCUAGCCAGAGCUACAUAGUGAGACCCCAUCAAAAAAAUAAAAAGCGUUUUUUUUAAAAACUUUAACCAAACUUCAGUACAAUUUUCGCUUUUAGAAUUAUCCUAAUAUACAGAACAACGUAAACUAGCAAGAAAAUUCCUCUUGGGAAUGAAAUGACCUGUGUUCUAGUCCCAGCGAGUCUCUAAGUUGCUGAGCUAGCUGAAAGAGUUCCGUCUCCUUUCAGGCCUACAGCAGACACCAUGGAGAAAGCAUCAGCUUAGACUGGGCCUAUCGCACAUGUGCUCUCUUGUGUAAAACAAAAUUCACAUUAGAAGGUUUUGUUCAGGGGCUGGAGAGAUGGCUCAACAGUUACAAGCACUGGCUGCUCCUCUAGAUGACCGAGGUUCAAUUCCCAGCAUCCACGUGGCAGCUCACAACUGUCUAAUGCUAAGAUCUGACACCUUCACACAGACAUACAUGCAGGCAAAAUAUCGAUGCAAAUGAAAUAAAAGUAAACAAAUUAUUUUUUAGAAGAAGUUUUUCCAGUCAGAUAGUUGUACAGCAUGCUUUAGUCCCAGCACAAUGUGUGUGGGGGAUCUCUGGGAGUUUACGGACAUCCUGGUCUGCAGAGCAAGUUCCAGGCAGCCAGGACCAUUCUGUGAGACUCUGUUUCAAAUAAAUACAUAAAUUAUAUAUAUUUUUUUCUCUGUGGUCCAUCCCACACACACACCCGCUGCUAUUUGCCUCCUGUCUAACUCCCCUCAACUAAAAAGGUCCAGGCUCAGCAGAGCUCUAUAGUCUGCCUCAGUUUUGUUUCUCAGUGCACUGGCAUCCUGUGCCUUCAGCAGAGUCCUUUCUUCUACAAAGCACCGAAAAGGAGCAAAAGGAUAGAAUAAGAAAGGCCUCCCUGUAACCAAACUCUGUUGGAACUGAGAGGAGUGACCUGCAAAGGAAGGGAGAGUCUUGUCAGGGCCAGGCCUGCCCAGAAGCCAAACACAUGGUGGGUGGGACAAGCCUCCACAGGACAAGGCCUGGGGACCUAGAGAAAUGACCUCCAGAGACUGAGAAGCUCAGUGGGCUUCUGAAAGCAGAGCUGUCAGACAGUCUGAAUUCCUGGGGUAGCCUGAGCUCUUCUGAGGUUCCCGGAGCUCAGGCUGAGUCAGAGCCCAGGGCUGGGGCCUGAGGCACACCUGACUCACUGCCGGAUGUGUGAUCCUUCUGGAAUGAAACGGGAGCAGAGGGGACCUGCCUCUCUGCACAGUGGGGUGAAGAGGUGGACCAGGUGAUCGAUUCUCAGGAAGGCCAGAGUCUUACCAGCCAGCCCUAAGCCAAAAAUUCCUCUCCCAGCAAACCCAGGUGGUAUCGAUGACAUCACCGUCCUCUCUGGAGCCACACUUUCUCUUGCCAGCAACCCCUGCUCCAAAACCAGAAGCCUGGGUCUGCCUGACGUCCAGACACAAGAACGUGCUUCCCCAGUCUAGAUCAAGCAAUGUGAUCCCUGUGAAGUGCAGUGCCUGGUCCGCCUUACAUGUGCAAGGACGUGCUACUGUCAUUUUAAGAGAUGCGUCAGCUCACAGGCCAGUCUCCGUCACCCCUGUUCUACAGAUGCGUCAGCUCACAGGCCAGUCUCCGUCACCCCUGUUCUACAGAUGCGUCAGCUCACAGGCCAGUCUCCGUCACCCCUGUUCUACAGAUGCGUCAGCUCACAGGCCAGUCUCCGUCACCCCUGUUCUACAGAUGCGUCAGCUCACAGGCCAGUCUCCGUCACCCCUGUUCUACAGAUGCGUCAGCUCACAGGCCAGUCUCCGUCACCCCUGUUCUACAGAUGCGUCAGCUCACAGGCCAGUCUCCGUCACCCCUGUUCUACAGAUGCGUCAGCUCACAGGCCAGUCUCCGUCACCCCUGUUCUACAGAUGCGUCAGCUCACAGGCCAGUCUCCGUCACCCCUGUUCUACAGAUGCGUCAGCUCACAGGCCAGUCUCCGUCACCCCUGUUCUACAGAUGCGUCAGCUCACAGGCCAGUCUCCGUCACCCCUGUUCUACAGAUGCGUCAGCUCACAGGCCAGUCUCCGUCACCCCUGUUCUACAGAUGCGUCAGCUCACAGGCCAGUCUCCGUCACUCCUGCUUUACAGAUGCGUCAGCUCACAGGCCAGUCUCCGUCACCCCUGCUGUACAGAUGCGUCAGCUCACAGGACUCCUGGGGCUCCAGGGCUGUCCUCCGACUUAAGCUAAGAACACUCUACAAAAUCUUCGCCCUAGUGGACAUCUCUUCUAACUGUGCAAAAGCGAUAUAACAGGUCGAGGGCUGCCACUCUCUACGGCCGUCGGA